UUUAGAUCGGUUCUGUUUUUUAUCGCGUGCUAAAAACAGAAAUUAUAAGACAAAAAAGAAACAAAUUAUAUAUACCAAUACACAUAUAAAACAAAGACGUUAAAGUCGCCAAACAAUCAAUUAACAAACAAAAAGAACGGUCCAAAACAGCGACUGACGCCCAGUUGAGUGUUUUGUGCCCAAACAACAAGACUGACAACUGGCAUAAAUAUCUAUAUAUAGAUAUAUAUAUUAUAUAGGACUUGUGAUAUUAUUAAUAAGUUUCAAGUGUGUGUGAUAAUUACUUAGAUAAGCUAAGUAAAUUUGCCAAAAAAGAAAAAAAACAAAAGAAAUACACAAAAAAAAUGCAGGAUUAUUGGCAUAUACCACGCGCCUCGCUCGUCUCCUCCAGCAGCUCGGCCAUCAGUUCGGCGAGCUCCUCGAAGUCGUCAAACAAAUCGAAUUCAAAUCCGCCAACGCUUGCACAGCGCAGCAUCCACUCCACUGCCAAUUCGAAUGGAACUAGUGCAGCUGUCACAGCGGCUGCUGCGGCGGCUGUAUUGGCGGCAGCCAAGCGCGGCUCCCGCUCCUCACAGGGCUCCAGCGACAGCAACAACAGCACACGGAGCGCCGCAUCCGGCUCGUUGCUGCUGACGGCUGCGAAUCUGGAACGAUUUGCUGAGAUACACAAGAAACAGGAGCGGCAGCACAAGAUGCUGCUGUCGGAGCAGCUGCCCAGUGUGCAUGGCCACAGCUCCUCGUCGGCCAAUUAUAAUGCAAAUCUGGCACUGGCCAGCAACGCCAAGGAUGCAGUAAUACCCAUCGAUGCUGAUCCCAAUCUGCAGUACGUACGAACCAAAGACCUGGACACCGUGUCCAUAGCCAGCUCCAUGCACUUCACCAUGGUAAACGGCGAACCAGGCGGCGCCAAGAAGCCCAAGCGUGGUCUCUGCGAUCGUGGACGACAGGUGACGGUUCUCAUUGUCAGCAUGAGCACCAUCUUCAUGCUGCUCAUCAUGGGCAUGGUCUAUGCACUCGAGAUGCGUGCUCGUGAUAUGCCCAAGAGCUAACGCAAUUCCGUGUGGUAUUUAGAAUUCGGAGGGGGCGCGACCACGCCCCAUACCGUGGCUUCAUAGUUUAUUAUUUAUUGUACU